AUAUGGCAGCUCCCUUGAGCAGUGUGAGCAAAACCUCAGCUGAACGUUUACCGAUUAAUACUACGAGCUUUCAGAAGAAAACCAGGAGCAAGUUAAUCUCCAUACCCGGUACCAGACCUUCGGUUCAAAAUGGACAGCUCUUAGUUUCGACCGGCGUCACGUCGCUCGACUAUCUGCUCGGUGGUGGGUUAGCAGUUGGAACAGUGCUUCUCAUUGAGGAGGACCGAUAUGAUAGCUACUCUCGCAUGAUCUUGAAGUACUUCCUGGCAGAAGGAGUUGUUUGUCGACAUGAACUUUUUGUGGCAUCGGCUCAAGAUAACCCAGAUGACAUCUUGCAGGAACUCCCAGCUCCCAUCUUGGAUGAUGUUGCUAUUCACAAACCUGUGGAACAGCCUAGGUUGCCUUGUGAACCACACGGAAAUUUGAAUGCCAUGAAUAUUGCCUGGCGCUAUCAGAAUCUUCCUAAAGUACAGACUGCCCUGGCAUCUUCUUCCCGAUUUGGUCACUACUAUGAUGUCUCAAGGACAAUGGAGCCAGAAAUCCGCCAGGCAGCGAAGUGCCACCACUUUUACCUUCCAGAAGAUCUCUCCCAAUCAUCGACCACGCACAGUCCCAUGCUUGAGUCUUACUCUGCAUUACUGAAGUCACUGCAAGAUGUGAUACACAGAGAGGGCUUUGAUUUGGCAGCCCCCAUGUCAAAGUCACGGAACAUCUUGCGUGUUGGCCUUCACUCUCUUGGCUCAACUUUGUGGGGGGAUGACCUGAGUUGCCAUGACAACCCUAAACACCGGCACGCCCUUACUACUUUUCUUUAUGGAUUGCGUGCUUUAAUGAGAUCAUCGCUGUCAGUUGCAGUGGUAACUUUACCUUCACAUCUCAUCCAGGACAGAGCUCUAAUGGGCAGCAUAACCAGGCUGUGUGACAAUGCCAUAGCCCUGGAAUCCUUCAAAGGCUCAGAGAGAGAGACUAACCCUCUCUACAAAGACUACCACGGUCUGCUGCACGUACACCAGGUGCCUCACCUGAACUGUCUGGCGAACCAACUCCCUGACCACAAAGACUUGGCCUUUAAGCUCAAGCGAAAACAGUUCACUAUCGAGCGAUUACAUUUGCCUCCGGACUUAUCCGAGACGGUGAGUCGUGUGAGCAGGGGGGAGCUGGCAGGAGCCACUUCAGCCUGCGGCUCCGGCACAUCCGGCACCAAACACCUGGACUUCUAAAGCUCUUGCACAGUCACCAUGGGAAAUAAACAACUGGAAAGCUGCAGCCAUUGUCCUCUUUGCCUCAGUGACCAGGAUGUUCUCUUGCCCACGUAAUGUCAACUGCGAUAACCCAGCCAGCCAUUACCACCUGCCAACGAGCUCAGCCAG